AUGGGAAAGUCUUGUCAUUUGCCUCUUGAGUUGGAAUAUAGAGCUAGAUGGGCAAUUAAGUUCCUAAACAUGGAGCUAAGUACAGCUCAGGAGAAGAGGGAAAUGGACCUCCACGAGCUAGAGGAGAUUCGCUUGGAUGCUUAUGAGAGUUCUCGAAUAUACAAGGAGAGAACUAAGGCCUUCCAUGACAAGAGAAUCACCCAAGGACCAUUCAAGGUCAAGGAAGUGUUGCCUUAUGGAGCCAUCACCCUAGUGAACAACAAUGGAGUGAGUUCACGGUUAACGGUCAUCGGUUGA